GUGAUAACCCUCACCUUGGGGCCCCUCCAGGAUGUUCAAUGCGAUUUGGAAGGGAAGUAAAUCACGUGGGCUUUACCCAACACAGUGGCCUUUUGCAUGGGGUUGAGCUCUCUCGUCCUGAUGCUGAAGUCAGAUUACUUGAGGUUUUCUAUCACAAGAUCUACAAGAUAUUUCCACCAGGUGAGAAAAUUGAAAACAUUAAUGAUCAGUACUGGACUUUACGUGCAGAGGAGAUUCCGGAGGAAGAGAAAAGCCUUGGCCUUCAUGAUCGCUUGAUUCAUGUCUAUCACUUUACUAGAGAUUCUAAUCAGAACCAAAUGCAAGUUCAGAAUUUUGGAGAGCCUUUCUUCCUUGUUAUUAAGGAAGGUGAGACUUUAACCGAUAUCAAAAUACGCAUUCAGAAGAAACUGCAAGUUCCCGAUGAUGAAUUUUCAAAGUGGAAGUUUGCUUUUAUAUCACUUGGACGUCCUGAAUACCUCCAGGAUUCAGACAUUGUAUCCAAUAGAUUUCAGAGAAGAGAUAUUUAUGGAGCCUGGGAGCAGUAUCUUGGUUUAGAGCAUUCCGACACUGCUCCAAAAAAAGCUUACACGACUAAUCAGAACCGUCACACCUUCGAGAAGCCAGUGAAAAUUUAUAAUUGAAAGUGACUAGAUCCCCUCCCAAAACAUCCCAUGCUGUCAUCUCACAAGUGCAUGGAUAGCGGAGAAUGACAUGUAGAUUUUAGAAAUAAAUGCAGCAAGGUGAGGUGAAAUGAAGUGGGAUCUCGUCACCAGAAUUGUUCUGGUGUUGCUGAGAGGACGUUGACGACAGAAUCGGUGCUCUAUCUUCAGCUCCUGUAAUGGUUUGCCCAUGUUCUUGGUAUAACUUUUCUCCCUAUAUUAGGUUUCCACAUUGUUGGUUCAGUAUAAUUUGGUAUAUAAGAUUUUGGAUUAGGAGGGCAGUUAUAGGGUAUAGUUGGGUGUCUCUUUUGACCUUUCACUUUUUUGUCUAUCCCUCUUUACCACCUUCGUUAUAUGUUCGACCUUUCUUCUUGGGUUGUAAAAUAGGGCGAUUUGAUGUAACAGGUUGCCUUAGUGUUCCAUGACCAUGUACAAGAAAGAACCGACGAAGACUCCACUCCAUGUAUCAUGUUCAGACUCGUACACAAUUUUUCUCUACGACGAGAAUACCGAGUGCAACUUCUUAAUUUUAAA